UGAGAUGUGGAUCAUCUAAGACACAUUAGCAUGGCCUACUUCUCCUAUUUGAAGCGGGGCUUGAAACCAAACUUCUCCUUAGGAGGCUAAUUAGUCCAAUUUUGCCCACUAUUUGCUAGUUAGUCCAAUUUGUAAUUCUCCAUUUGUAGGAGGGUAUAACUGGAAUAAAAAAUUUCUUUCGCAUUCGGUUCAUUUGGGGAGUUCAGAGUUCGGAGUCUUCAGACGCUAUUUUGUUCAUCGUCCCCAAGAAUCUUUGUGGUUUAAUCUACCUUCUUCCAGGAAGUUGUGAAAUCAUGGGUGAGUUUAGUAUCCAGAUUAGCCGCAACCUGGUGAAUAGCCUUGCUGGCAAUGAAGAAGAUAAAUCGAAGAAGAAGACUAAAAAAACUAGAACUAAGUCUCGAGUGCCUCAACAACAACCUCAAACGAAAGCAAAGGAGAAGCAAGUUUCCGAUGGCUUUGAAACACACAAGGGAUCGACCGCUUCAGGAUGGCCACUUCAGCCUCCAAUUUUCUUGCCGGUACCCCCUACUGCAUACUCUUCUAGUGCAGAGUUGGAUGCAAUCCGAUCUGUCCUUCAAGAGAGCGAAAGGGUUGUGGAGAGGUUGCAAAAGCAGGAAGAUAACAUGGUGCAGGAAGUAACACAAAGAGCAAAAGAUCUCCGUGAUAAAGAGUUCAAGCUUCCUUACCAGAAGCCUUUGCCUUGUGUAGCAGAGAAUGAAGCUUGCUUAGCAUGCUACAAAGAACAUAUCAAAGACCCUCUGAAAUGUGCUGAUCUUGUUCGGAAUUUCGCAGACUGUGCUCGAAGAGUUAGGCAACAAGUGAGCUCAGCCCAGUAGUAUUUUUCUUACGAAGAAAGUUUUGGGUCUCAACCAUGAGCCUUGUUUUUCUUUUUUUUCAUAGUUUUUGUCCAAAUUUUUUGUGGUGCAAAAUAAACCAAAACAUGGCUGGCAUCCCCCAUCAUUGGAUACUGCUUGUUGUUCUCUCUUGUAUUGUCAUUUACAUGAUUGUUGACACUAAAUACUCACUCCGUUUUAUCAGUGAAAUAGUUGAUGAUUUCAUUGUUC